AUGGUGUGCGCGUCCAGGCGUCCAUACACGCAAAUAGAAGAGCAAGAUAAGACGCCUCAAACUGCGGCCAGUAUGGGGCGUGCAAAGCCCGCCACCUUCCCACAGGCCGCAGAACCGGGCCACAGCGUUCAGCCCGCAGUGUCCGUUAAGCCCAGAUCCGCGUCAGCAAUCGCAACGGUGGAUGCAUACGGGGUCGCGCCUCAGACGGCCAAUGACGUCAAGACCACUCGAACGGGGCUCGUCAUGGCGGACGCGCUCCACAGCAGGUGUGUCGGGCCCCCCGCCUACUCCUGCGCCGUGCAGAGAACAACGGUCAUCCCUUAA